GUUAUCGAAUUUGCGCAUUCCAGUCGCGACUCUCCUACGUGGGCGGUUUUUCAAAACGUACGAACACAUGGUUCUUAAUAAUAUUUACUCGGAAUAUAUCCCGUGUUGUUUCGUAGUUUGUAUAAAAUAAAAAAAUAUCGAGCAUCGCAACUAGUGAGUUCGAUGAGUCGAUCCAAGCGAUGUGCGAUAUUUACGGACGGACGCCGCCGAGGACACGACUGAAUCGCAAGAAGAGGUACAUGAAGCAGAAACUUAAUGGGGGAGACGUAAAGUCGUUAGAGAAGGAAACGCCGUCGAAAGUGAUGAUUCGCAGACGAAACACUCUGGACAACAUAAUAUUCAACGAGAUGUGCGAUAAAGCGGACAGGGAUUGCGAAAACGAGACGAAUCAGGACAUGACGAAGGAGGGAAAUCGAAAAUGUAAAAGAAGUUUGAAAUUAUUGCGAGGCAACGAGAGGGACUUAAAGCUAGACAUGGAGGCGGCCUACAAUUACGCCGAAAGAUCGGAUCAUUAUCAAUCGUCCACACCUAAUCAUAUGAAGAUUGAAACCAGAAAUAGAUUUCGAAGUCUGCGGUCAAAGCCCGUGGACAUAGAAGAGAAGAAGGUUGAGCCUGAACUUAACGAGCAAAUUCUCUUGUUGGACAGUAUAGAAUCGGCCGUGCAUUCACCAAAGGCGCUAAGUUUCGAGGAACGAGAAAUAUUCCACGACACAUUCUCCUUUCUAAUCAAAUUGGGCAGCAAAGAGCGCAAUUGUCGUCGUCAGAUGAGCCACGAAGAAUCCCGAUGGCAGAACGAGUUGAAAGAUUUGAUAUGGCUGGAAUUGCAAGCUCACCACGCGGAUCGAAGUCCAAUGGCGCAAGACGAGUACUUGUGCAAGCAACGCGAAGCCGUGGAAGGUUUACUUAAAGAAAUAAUGGAGUACAGAUACGAUCCUAUCGCGAGCGUGAAGGAUAAUAAUACACCUUGGAUCAACGUUAGCGACACGGACUCUGAUCGAGCAGAGAAUCCUGGAUCCAGCCCGAGCAUAGAGCUAGGUAUUUGUCCAGGUUGCCUUUCGAUGUAUUGUAGAGCGUGUGCGCGAGCACAGGGGGAGGCGUUACAGCAAGUUGAAGGUUUAUUGGCCAGAUUGGAAGCAGCCGAGGCGCUUUACCCCUCGUCGCAAGCUCUGGCUGCGCAUUAUCCGCUGUACAAGAGCGCUGAGUUCAGUGGUCGAGUGAAAGCGAUGUGUCUGUGGUACAAUAUGACGAAACAUCAUCGCUUCAAGUUGCAAAUAUUGGGAAGAUUGCUCAUGAUGUUGCACAAUAAGAAAAAACACGAUGAAACUGGAGAUUCCGGGAUAAGUUCACGGUCUUCUGACACGGUGGACUCUUCGGAGCAGCGACAGUCCUCGGUACGGUUCAAGAUCUCGAAUCAGGAUGAAAGCUCCAGCCCGUCUGACAGUAACAACAGUAACAAUUCGUCCGUUGGUUUGUCAAUAGUCCAAUCAUGGACUCCCACACCCGACACCUCCUUCACCUUCACGGGGUACGAGAAGGGCGAGCAACUCGACUUCUACUUGGUCGAGUUCGAUCGACAGGCCUACAGGAAGUAUAUCGAAGACGUGUUGAAGACCAGAGGCCUCGGGAAGAGUUUAAACUUCCUCGAGAGACUGCACACGUCCAUCCUGAGGAAAGCAAGACUGACGUUAGAGAAGAGUAACAUAAGCGAGUCUGAGAACGCCGUGAGCGAGGAGUACGAAGGCGACGAGCAGCUGCGUCGAUACGGUGUCUGGUGUCCCGAAGCAAGAGAGCUGAAUCUCCCCUCGUAUAGAGCCGCCUUCGUGUUCCUGUCUCGUGUACCCUUGGACGUGGUGCACGAGUUCUUGAGAAUGAGGCUGGAGCAGAAGCCGGAGCAACCUAGUCCCUUGUCGGUUCGACAGCUCAUGCGCGAGCUCAGAGAGGGUCUCAGGAUCGCCUGCAUCCACCGCGACAGAUUCGCUGCUCAUUCCUGCGCGGCGAUCGCUGGCGACAACAACAGCUGCGAGUAUCUGUUCCAAGAGGACGUGAAAGACUUCGACGAAAGCCUGAAGGCUGUCUUCGAGGUGUAUCUAGACUAUCUGCAACAGUGGGUAGACAUGGUGCAGCACGACAGCUUUCACAAGAACCUGAUCAUGGACGAGUGGAUAUUCGUCAAGUCGAUCGCCGGGAAUAUAUCCGACGGAUACAAAAUAGCUGGCGUGAAGUUUUGCGAAAUCGCGAGAACGAUGAUCAAGCAGGUGAAAGAAUUCUUCAACGAGAGGCCUCGCGAGAUCAAGGAGAGCACGGAGGAGUGGAGCGACGACGAUUGGUCGAACAAAUUACAAGUUAUAUUCGUGGGCCGUGAAUGGCAAGGGAUGUUCGUGGAGGCUCGUGAGAAAGUCGUCAAAAGCGUCACCCUCGCCAGGUGUCUGCAACGCGACAUCGAGAAGUGGCCAGUCUUCAACGACGUGUUGGAAGGGUCUUUGAUAGAUUUAAGGGAAACUGUCAUGGACCUGCGUCACCAGAUAAGAAGCGUCAUCGAGAACUUCGAACGCGACAUCGAGGAAGUUGAGGAACCCAACGCAGAGUGUGACCGAUUUGCCAUGCGUUCUAGAAUAAGAGAAAUACUUCACCAAGCCUAUCGAAUGGGGUUUGACUACCAUAAAGAGACGUGUAAACUAUUCGCGCUCGGUGAAAAGGCUCUCUUGGCUCGAAGUCUAGUGUCUUUCGCUCUUCUGUGGAUGGAGUUCGUUAGAACACGCUGCGAGCGUGGGAGGGGCCUGAGGCCCAGAUGGGCAAAUCAAGGAUUAGAGUUCCUAAUCACUGUCUGUGAGCCACACAAUACCAAGCAUCUGACCGACGACGAGUUCGAAGAGCUGAAGACGUGCAUGGAUCGUUGCAUAUCCCACGUGGUUGGUAACGCCAACACUGUUACCAACGUAGAGACGGAAAAUUUACGACGGUUGUCUCGCUCGAGAGCCUCGUCCCCUUGCCACGCCAGGAGCAGAACCGCUAGUUUGAGCCUUUCACAGAGGCCCAAAGAUGUUCUCAAGUCCCCGGACGUGUCCUCGGGCUCGAGGAAGUUCUCGUCGACCGUGGUCGACGGCAGCGUGGCCGCCAUUUUGAAUACGUCCGAUCGUAGCGUGCCUAGGCAAGAACGAGUGAUUCGCGCUAUUAAAAAGGUAGAAUCGGAGAUCGAUGAUAGGCUGAGGAGUCGCGAACUCAUCGGACUGGUCACGGACAGGAAAUCUGUCGACAGAGUGCGCAUCAAAGCGAGGAGAGUCACGUUCACGUGGCAGAGGGGAAUCAAAAUAGGCCAAGGAAGAUUUGGCAAGGUCUACACGGUGGUGAACAAUCAAACCGGUGAAUUGUUGGCGAUGAAAGAGGUCCAGUUGCAACCUGGCGACCACAGAGCCAUCAGGCGGGUCGCUGAGGAGUUACAGAUAUUCGAGGGGAUCCAGCACAAACAUUUAGUUCGAUACUACGGGCUGGAGAUUCAUCGAGAGGAAAUGCUAAUAUUUAUGGAAUUCUGCGCCGAGGGGACUUUGGAGAGUCUGGUGGCGGGAAGUGGGAACGGUUUGCCGGAAACGCUGGUCAGAAAAUAUACUCAUCAACUCCUCUCAGCCGUGGCUGUACUUCACUCUAACGGAAUAGUUCAUCGCGACAUUAAAUCUGCAAAUAUUUUUCUAACGGACGAGGCCAACUGUCUGAAGCUCGGGGAUUUCGGGAGUGCCGUGCAAAUCAAGGCUCACACCACAAUGCCUGGCGAGUUGCAAGGUUUCGUCGGCACUCAAGCUUAUAUGGCGCCGGAAGUGUUCAUGAAAUCGGAAACUGGCGGCCACGGUAGAGCCGCUGACAUUUGGUCGGUCGGUUGUUGCGUUGUAGAAAUGGCCAGUGGACGACGACCUUGGUCAGAUUACGAUUCGAAUUACCAAAUAAUGUUCAAGGUUGGAAUGGGCGAAACACCAACGUUGCCAAAAAACCUUUGCGUCGAAGGCAUUGACCUAAUUAACAAAUGCUUGCAACACGACCCAAAGAAACGGUUCACCGCGUACGCCUUGCUCACUCUGCCGUUUGCUCAAGCGUACGAAGAUGUAAAUGCUGAUUUAACAGUACCGCGCCAUCAGGAAAGGAACUUCCAGCGCUCGGACGUAAAUGUUCGAGGAUGUUCGUAACAGGACUAGAGUUUAUGACCGAUCGAUCUAUAUUGCCUACUACACGCAGCGACUAACGUUUAAACAAUUUUCGUCCCUGUCAGUCGAAUUCCGGUCGCCGAUUAUGAGACAAGUGAGUAUUCGUAACGUGUUCGCGUGUUCGAGAAAUCGAGCGACGAGAUCGGUGGCUACUUCAACGAGAAAUAACAAGCCCGUUCGCACUCGUCCCUAUAGAUGGCGUUCUAGAUAAAUGUAAAUAUCGAAAUAUUGUUCGAAGAUCAGACGAUGAUUCGCGCUAGUUUGUGAAACACCUAAGCUGCCCGACCAACCUGAACUCGUGCAGAAUUUUACUAUAAAUACGAGAGAUCUUUUAAAAACAGAAUUUAUCACAUCGAUUAUUCGUAGGAAACUACUUUCAACGAAAAUGAGGUACCUUUACCACGAUAUGUUAAAUUGGUAGCUAAGAUGGAGCAGCGCCAUCUUGAAUCGUUCAACGCGUCGACCGCCAAACAGAAGCUUUGAUAUCAUUCGUAAAUUAACCUAACUUAUUUUAGUUGAAUCAUUGCAACUUGAUAAUUGAUUUUUUAAAUUCCUGGCA